GGUUCUGCAGAAAGCUGCUUGAUUCGGAAAAGGCUCACGAUGAGCAGGCUGGGCAACCUCGCUGUGGACUUUUUUUUUUACGCAGUCUUGUCGCUUGGAUUUCUGGUUUGGGUGCCGUUCAAACUGAAUAAGAAACUCCGCGAAUUCUUCUUCGCGCGCGUCGCCCUUCCCGGGGGGCUCUACCUGCUGAGAGACCGAAUGAUCGGGGUUCGUCGGCAAGCGUUUUCUCAGCUGAACGACAUGGUGUCCCACGACGAAACGCUCAAGAAGGAGGGCUUCAUCAGGGUCCUGGAGAUCGGUGCAGGCUCCGGCGACAACUUCGAGCACAUGAAGCGGAAGGUGAAGUACUGGAACGUAGACCCCAACGCAGAGUUCGGCGAAGGUUUCCGAGAAAACCUGAAGAAGAACCCGAACGUGGAAAUGGAGCGGUGGAUUCACGCCUAUGCCGAGGACAUGCGAGGGGUUCCCGACGGUCACUUCGACGUCGUGCUGUUCAGCUACGUGCUUUGCUCCGUGUCCGAAGUGGGAAAGGUCCUCGCCGAGUGCAAAAGGGUGCUGUCGAAGGGCGGCAGGUUGGUGUUCGUGGAGCACGUGGCCCAUCCAGAGGGAAGCUGGGGCUUGGUCGUGCAGAGGCUUUUCGACCCGCUGUGGACUUGUUAUUGCUGUGGAUGUCACGUGACCAGGAAGACUGCACUCGUCUUGAAGAAUUCAGGUUUUGAAAAGGUAGAACUGAAGGAAGUGUUCUUGCCGAUACCAACAAUUGUCAGUCCCCAUUUGUACGGCUUUGCUGUUGCCGACACGAACUGA